AUGACCACUCUGGGAACGAAUCGCAUCAAAAGAUGCAUUUUGUACGGCCAACUAAUCAUACUUCUUUUUGCAUUCACAUCGAUUUACCCACAAAUCCAUGGAUUGUUCGGUGAACGAGGACUGCUACCAGUGUCUCCUAUGUUAGAAUGUGAAGAAGAGAGUGUUUUUCAAUGCCGUCUUCCACUUCUUCGCUUCAUUUGCAACCUCUUUCAUCUCUCACCAUCAGUCGGAUUGCAACUGUUCUCUCUCAUCGGAGUAUGUCUUUCUGCGUUGGCAAUUCACAAGCCAGAAUGCCAGAAUUUGAUUACUUUCCUGACUCUUUACUUUCUGUACCGCACUAUUUAUGAGGCUGGAGGAGUGUUUAUGUACUACCAAUGGGAUGCUUUCCUUCUGGAAUCUACUGUCUACGUCGCAGUCCUCGCAUGGUUCGACGACGGUCCAGCUGACUCUGUGGCUCUAUUCAGCAUUGUUGCCCUUCUCGUCCGUGUGAUUUUCAUGAAUGGUGCUUCAAAACUGUUGAGCAAAUGUCCGGCUUGGUGGAAUCUCACUGCUCUCGAUUAUCACUUUGAGUCCCAACCACUGCCAACUCCGUUCUCGUGGUAUGCUCAUCACUUUCCACCAUUCUUCAAGCAACUAGCAACUAUCGCCAUCUAUUACUUCGAAAUCAUUCUACCACCACUUUUUUUGAUCCCAGUGAUCCAUGUCCGCUAUGUUGCCUUCUUCUGUCAGAUUCUGCUGAUGAUUCUGACGAUGUUAACGGGAAACAAUGGCUUCUUCAACUACAACAUUAUAAUUCUGUUGGUCAGCUUAUUGGAGACCCCUCGUGUUCCAGUUGGUGCACCACUUCUGUCCGCUUUGGUUUUCGGUAAACUUGGCUAUGAUCUGGCCCACAGAAUGCCUGUAAAACUAGUGACGACAGAAGGAAGUUUGCCAUCUUUCGUUCUCAAUCUGAGCUACGACACUUUCCAAAAGUUGGCUAUUUACUACAUUGACAUGAUAAUCAUAUUAACUGCGCUCAUGUUCUCAAUUAUCAAUGCAUAUACUGUUUUGAAAGGUCUUGGAUCUCAGGCACGAGUAUCGAAGAUUGUGCACGUUGCUUUUGUUGCUGCCUGUGUCCUACUUCUCAAUAUCUACGGAUCGGUUCCACUACUCAGAAUGGACGAAAAACUGGCUCAAAGAACAAAUGAAAACCCGAUGAUCAUGUCGUACUACAAGAUUGCCAAUAGCUGGAGUGUAGCCAACCCGUAUGGAACUUACAGACACAUGACUGGACAACACGGACGACCGGAAAUUGUGAUUGAAGGAGCUCCUAAUUUCGAUGGUCCGUGGAAGGAAAUUGAGUUCAAGGCGAAACCAGGUUCUAUCUCAAGACGGCCAGAUUUUGUGUCUCCACAUCACCCGCGCCUAGAUGCUCAGAUGUAUUACGCUGCCGAAGGAACAUAUCAACAGAAUCCAUUCUUCCUCUCGCUUGUUUACCAUCUGAUGCAAAAUACCACGGAAGUUGUGAGCCUUAUUGAGAACUACCCGUUCAAAAACCGAUCCGAACCCAUGCAAUUCGUUCGUGCGAAACUCUACAUGUACCAUUUCACCGAUAUAGGAGACAAGAACUGGUGGAGGCGGGACUUCCAAGAAGAGUACAUGCCUCCUUUCAACAAAGGAAACCAAGCGCUCAUGAAGUUUUUGGUUGAGAACAAGAUAAUUAACAACAAGAAAUCUCAAUUCGUCAACGGACCUCUUGGCAAAGGAAUGAAGCAGUGGCAUCGUCUCACAGGAGGAGCGGAUUUGAUUGCUUUCUUCACUUCCAUCAUAGUUCUUCUUGUAAUCAGAUAUCUCCAUAAUCGUUUACAUGGCAACAUCGAAGAAAAUAAUGGGCAUAACCAUGCACAUCAUCACGGACAUAAUCACUGA